AUGUUCUAUGGCACUUCGAAGGUUUUGCAGCUAGCUGGCCCAGAUGCGUACGCAUCAUCGCUGCAACAGAGGCUUUUGAACGCAUUUCGAGUGCUUGAAGCCAAUAGAACAAUUAUGUUCGGAGACGCAACGUUUUUAUCUGAGAAAAUUCCAGAUUCCACGGCGAGCAUCACCGAGCUAAUGAUCCAAACAUCAGCAUUCAGCAAGCGACUUUUUGAGCAAAUUGAAGGCGUACCCGAAGAAGAAAGACCUUUCAGUCCCACAAUCACCGCCCUAGCAUAUGAAGGCACUGAGCUAGAUUGCAAAAUCAGCAACUGGUGCAAUAGUGUUUCUUUACAGCCAGAUUCUGCGGACCCAUUUGCUCAGAUUGCUCUUGCAAAAUAUCAUGCCAUUCGACUUUUCCACUGCAGAAACUUCACUUAUUAUACCUGUUGGCACCCCGGGACGAUUCCUCAACUAGACCAAAUGGAAAUUGACGGUUGUGUUGCAGCCAUCACAUACUUGUGUGAGAAAGUCCUGCAAUCUUCAAAUAUUCCGGGCGCAAUUCUCUUGUUUCCCUUAAGAAUGGCGGGGGCGCAUUCUCAUUUCGAGUGGCAAAGAGAUGAAGUGCGAAAUCUGCUCAAUCAAAUACAUAAAAGCGGCUUCGUUGUGGCGAAAAGAAUACAGAUAGAUCUAUUGGAAUUCUGGGAAUUUCAAGAUGAUCAAGAUAAUAUUGAACCUGGUGUGUAAAAGAUUCUCUAUAUAGAUAUACCAAAAG